GAUGCGUAUUCCAACUAUGAAGAGGGAUUACCAAUGGUAAAAGUCAUUCGGAAUUCGACGGUCCAUGGCCUGGCUACAAAGAGGGAGAUUGUUCCAAAAUGCUGGGAGAAAGAAGAGAUCUGGAAUCAAACUUUGCAGAGUACCUACAAGAACUGGUUCUAUGAAGCAUGGGGUUUUAAGGAAGGGAAGUGGUAUGGAAAUUAUGGGCCUGUGGAUAAUAUAAGGAUUACUGGAUAG